AUGUAAGUCUAAGAGUCAGAGGUUUAUAAGCGUAUAAAGCUCCUUGGAUCGGGAGCAUAUGGAAAAGCAUAUGUGGCUGAGAGUAUUAGAGACGGACAACUAUGUGUAAUUAAAUAAAUAGAUGAUGUCUUUCAUGAAACAGUAGAUCGAGAUCGCAGUAAGACAUAUAGAGAGGCUAAAAUAAUGUCGACUUUGAAACAUCCCAACAUCAUUAAUUUCAGGGAAGUAUACAAAACCAAAAAGGGUAAAUUGUGUAUAGUUAUGGAUUAUGCUGAUGGUGGUGAUUUGGCUUAGAAGAUAAAACAAACGCAAGGUUCUUUGUCAGAAUCUCAAGUGCUUGAUUGGUUCACUCAAUUGAGUUUGGCUGUCAAGUAUUGUCAUGAUCGAAAGAUCCUUCACAGAGACAUAAAGGCCUCAAAUGUGUUUUUAACAAAAGAAGGGAUGGUGAAGUUGGGAGAUUUCGGCAUUGCCAAGAUUUUGUCAACGACAUCUCCUUGUGCAAAAUCAGUAAUCGGUACUCCAUAUUACAUGGCUCCUGAGAUGUUUGAGAAUCAACCCUAUGGAUUUAAAUAGGACAUCUGGUGUUUGGGAGUAGUUCUUUAUGAAAUGUGCAAUAAACGACCACCAUUUGAAGGUGAUAACAUCGCAUAACUUGCUUUGAAAGUAGUUAGAUCAAAUUAAGAAGUUUAAUAGGGAAGCUUCUCUCAGGUAAAGAGCAUCGACGACCAGCUAUCAAUGAGAUUUUACGAGAGUAAAUAAUCAGAGAUAGGAUCAAGUCAUUUCUAAGGUGAAACACUCUAAAAGGAAUAGCAAGUGAUUGAUCUAGCAUCAAAAGCCAAACGAUCUGUAUAACAAUUGCCUCAAUUGAAAAAACGAGUGGCUACUCCCAAAUAAAGAGCCAGUCCUAGUGUUCACAAACUGCCUGAAAUCAAGAGAACCAUCGAUACUCCUGAUUUUAGUAGGAGAGUACAGUUGAAAUAGAAUCAAUCAAUUCUUCCCACUUAAUCUCCGAGAAGACAGUCUCCCAGAAGAAAGAAUCAAAUAUCAGAAGGUCCUGAAACUCCGAACAUAAUGAUGAAAUCCCCUUCACUGAACAUCAGGAUUCAGAGUGGUAAAAUACUUACAGACAAACAUUUUUAAUUAAAGAAACAAAUCAAGUCAUUUGAUCGGUAAUAGAGUGGGAGACAAUUAGUGAAUCACUGUAGCAACAUAUUUUUUAGUCCAAAAAGAAAGUAAUAGGAAGAGGAGGAGAAAGUGCUAGACCCUAUUGAGGAGGCUGAUAGUACUCCUUUGACCUUGACUAAAUCAAAUAUUGAAUUUCAGGAUUUCAAUAAUUCGAUUGAGGAAAGACGGAAGAAGAAUAAAAUUAUUUAUAAAGACCCUUUUAAAAAGGAUGAUGAAAUGAGUCAAAUGAUCUCAUAAUUGCAAGAAAUUGUGGAAGAUGAUUUUGACAAUCCACCAAUUAAUGAGUAGAUUAGAAAUCUAAAAGCUAGAUUGAUCCAAAAGUUAGGUAGACAUUUCGAAGAAGUCUUUAGGUAAUGUUUGCAGGCUUUUAAAAAGAAUGGGGAUCUUGGUCAAAGUGAAAUGAUUGGCAUUCUCCAGCAAAGAUUCUCUGGUGUCUCAAUUAAGAAGGUCUCUGGUAUUGCAACUCUAAUUCUCACCCUCAUUAUCUAAACAAAAGGAGAAACCAUCAAUACUGAAUUUUGA